AUGUAUAUGGUCAAAGGUGCUGCAUAUGCGCACACGGUGGACACUUACAACUGGUAUAUGGAUCAAAUACGAGCUGCAAAACCGGCGCUUGCAACGUACUUGGAGGGAGCCGAUCCGAGCUUGUGGUCACGAGUUCACUGCCCAGGAGAAAGAUACAACCUAAAGACUAGCAAUAUCGCGGAGUCGAUUAACGCCAUGGUGAAGAAAGCCAAAGAUUUUCCAAUACCUUUUCUCUUAGAGUUUAUCAGAGAGAGGUUGAGCCACUGGUUCCUCAAGAGGCGUGAAAAUGCUCUAGGUCUCACCACCGAUCAUAGCAAAGGAGUUGAAUACUUGUUGUCUAUUCGUGAGUACUAUGCAGGUUUUAUGGACGUGGAGCGCAUAGAUGAUUGGCAUUUCCAAGUUAAGUCUACAUCAGGAUACUAUAACGUCGAUCUUGAGCUCCGAACGUGCUCUUGUGGUGUGUUUGAUAUUGAAAAGAUACCAUGUUCGCACGUCAUUGCUGCAAUUACAAUGGCUGGAUUGUCAGUCUCCGAUUAUGUGAGUCCGGCUUACAAGAGGAACACCUGUCACUCAACGUACGCGCAUCCACUUUUUCCUCCUCCUUCCAGAUUCUCCUCCGUGAAGAAGGAACGUUGCCGUCCUCCUAAAGAAAAACCCACUCCUGGUAGGAAAAAGAAAUCUAGGUGGCAAAGCUGGUUAGAAAUGGCAAGAAAGAGGAAGCAUAAACCGAGGAAGAUGCCAAAAGCGUACACAUGCUCUAAGUGUAGAUUACCAGGUCAUACUCGUCCAAAAUGCACUGCUGACGACUGA